CUAGAAUAUACCUGGUGACGACCUGCAGAUUUUCUUUUGCUGUCGCAUAAUGAUUACGUAGAAGGAAAUAGUUGACUUGGACUGUUUACGUCUUUUCGUUCCUAAAUUAUAAACUAGGUAUCUAAAUGUUUAUUUGAAGUUAAAAUGAAAGCAACAUACGCAACAUAUUUCGUAUAUUAUGUGUUGAUAUCGAGUGGUUUUGUGAAUGCGUUCGAACCAAUCUCAACCACAUUUGUGGUCGGUGUGGGAGUAGGCCUAGCAGCAGUGGGGCGGACAAUUUACAAUUAUGUAUAUGAAAGUUGCGAUUCAAAAUGGAUUGCUUUUAAUUCAACAGGUUUGGAAGUGGCCCUAGAUCAGAAGCUGUUUGGUCAACAUGUUGCCUCCAGAGUCAUCCAGAAAGCUGUAACAGGUUUCAUGAACAAUAAAAACCCUAUAAAGCCCCUGGUUCUCUCUCUACAUGGCUGGACUGGCACAGGGAAGAACUUCGUCAGCCAGUUGAUAGCUGAAAACAUCUACAAGGAGGGCAUGGCCAGCAGUUUCGUCCAUCAGUUUGUGACUACUCACUUCCUUAAUUGGAGUCAGCUUGAGAACUACAAGUCUCAGCUGCAGCAGUGGAUCAAAGGCAACGUCACCAACUGCCCACGUUCCAUGUUCAUCUUUGACAAGAUGGACAAGAUGCAUCCUGGCCUGAUCGACUGUAUAAAGCCCUACCUGGGUUACUCUGAAUAUCUGGACGGGGUCUCGUACCGUCAAGCCAUCUUCAUCUUCCUCAGCAAUGCUGGAGUACAGCACAUAACACAGGAGGCCCUGGACUUCUGGAAAGCAGGUCGAGACCGAGAGGAAAUAAAAUUGCAUGACUUAGAACCAGCUCUCUCCCUGACCUUGUUCAACAACAAGAAGAGUCAGGAUUCUCUCCUUUAUGUUACUACGCCUGGGGUUAGAAGAAUGGGGAUGUUAUUGGAGUCUUUUCAGACUUUCAAUACAAAGAAAACUUGUGGGUUGUGGCCCUCGAGUCUGAUGGACAGGAACCUAGUUGACGUCGUUGUCCCCUUCCUGCCUCUGGAGUACAGACACGUGCUGCUGUGUGUCAAGGCAGAGAUGUCCGCCAGGGGCCUGGAGCCCAACCAGGACGUGGUCGACCAGAUGGCCAGAGAGAUGGUCUAUUUCCCCAAGAGCGAGAAGAUCUUCUCUGCCAAGGGCUGCAAGACCAUCAACAGAAGGCUAGAUUACUUCACAUAAUGCAUGUUUGAGGCCAACUACGUUGAUUCCGGCGGCUGCAGACUGACUGAUCUAAUCAUAAUGAGCAGUAAUUUAGGAUGAAAGGUGGUUUGUCGGUCUGAUCAGUCUGUCUGAAGUUGCUGACGGUAAUGUAGAAGAUCUCAGAGAGAACAGCUACUGUAUCUAUCUACCUCCUACUCUACUGUGUGCUCUUUCGACCCGCCCCUCAGGCCUCCCAGCGUCAACACAACCAUGUGGAGGACAUCAACGUUCUUGUUCUGAUGGUCUCUUCUCCCUGAAGAUGGAUUACUGAGAGGGAGGAGGGCGGAAUUAAGAAGAGAUACAAAAAUAUAAUUAAAACACAGAGGGGAAACUCUAUUCUAUUUAACCAAUCAAGGUGCUUGUUCCUGAUUUGUAUAUUCUGUAAAUGAUUAUCUCCAAAUAAUUUCCUUUUUCAUGGAAUUCUGCUGUACAUGAACUGUGGCAAGUGAAAAUUAGUUGUGCAUUAGAAACAAAUGUGGUUUAAAGUUACAAUCUAUAGUACUGUAGAAAAGGCCCAUGGAGUUGGUGGAAGAAUCCUUUAAUUCAUGGCCACUUACUCAGCUGGGCCAGGGGCGCUUUAAUUCGGUCAGGUGGAAAUGUCCGACAGAUCUCAACUCCAUAAAAGGAGGAAAUCGCCAUCGCCCGAUCUCGCUGCUUUCUCGUCCUUAACUUCGUCUAAUCUAGAAGUUCUGUGUGUCCAUAAAUCCAUGUAAGUCCACGGAAAUCUGUUACCUUUCAACUGAACAAUCUGUUGCGAUCGGGAGAGUGGGCCAUCAGUUAUUGUUUAUAGUUAUUACAGCGGAGCGCACGCUUCAAACCUAUUGUGUAAUGUGAAUGGUCAAUGAUCACAGCCCUACGGAUCGUCACAGGUCAAUUAUGCGAAACGAUAUAUGGUUAAUAUGUAAUGAAGACACUUGAAAGGGUGAAAUAUGAAACGUCAUCGUUUGCUGAACUGAUCGAUUCUGAUAUCAAACUAAUGAGGAUUAUAGAUUGAAUAACCAAUCACUGUUUGUAUUCUUCUCAUGAUUAUGAUAAAUGGUUAUGAGCAUAAAUGACUAAUGAAUGAUUCCUAUUGACUUCUUAAUGAACUGAUUUGUUGAAUUCCCUAAUUAUGUUAAUAAUGAAUGAUUAUGAUUUGAUAUUUCUGAUUAUCAAUUUGAUUGUAUACAUGUUAUGAAUUUGAUUGGAUACAUGUUAUUCAGUUUCCUUUGUUAUGCAGCACAUACUACCCAGUAAAUAUACCACUUUAUGGUUAAAGGAA